GUCUUCCUUUCUUAGCUUCCUUCUCAGUUUCCUCCUUCUUCAACUUGACCUUCCUCUCUAUACAGAUAUACGCUCGUAUCUCGCUUUGUUCACUCACAGAACCGCACAAAGCUUAAAGCUUUGAGUUUGAAUUAACACUUUGUCUUCUGGGUUUCGCUGCGACUACGUCUUUUGACUUUCGGCUGCUAUGGAUUAUUCAUCAUGGAUUAACAGUUCCUUGGACCUCAACCUCAACCCUGAUUCCAGAGUUAGUGAAGAGAUUCCUAAAAGGGAGCUGGAAAGCAACUUUUUUUCAUUGGACUUGAAGUCGUCUCCUGCAAGACAGGAGACAAGUGGUAAUCUGGAGGAGGAAUUGAAGAGGGUGAGUGCAGAGAACAAGAAGCUGACUGAAAUGCUGACAGAGAUGUGUGAGAACUACAACACUUUGAAGAACCAUGUGUCUGAAUAUAUGAGGAAGAACAACAAUUCGGGGAAGGAGAUGAGCCCACCAAAGAAAAGGAAGUCAGAAACCAGCAAUAAUAGCAAUCCAAUUAGGGCUUAUGGAAACAACUCUGAGAGCAGCUCUACUGAUGAAGAAUCAAGCAAGAAACCAAGGCAAGAGAUCAUCAAAGCAAAAAUCACUAAAGCUUAUUUCAGAACACCAGCAUCUGAUACAAGCCUUAUUGUGAAAGAUGGAUAUCAAUGGAGGAAAUAUGGGCAAAAGGUGACCAGAGAUAACCCUUGUCCAAGAGCAUACUUCAAAUGCUCUUUUGCUCCCUCAUGCCCUGUCAAAAAGAAGGUCCAAAGAAGUGUGGAUGAUCAGUCCAUUGUUGUGGCAACAUAUGAAGGAGAGCACAAUCAUCCACAGCCUUCUCAAAUGGAGACCACAGCAUCCGGUUCUAGCCGAGGCAUGACACAUGGCAUAGCACCUAGUUCAUCUUCUCUGAGGCAUUCUCCUCCUAAAGUUGACAUGUCAAGAUCUAAGUCCUUCAAUGAAUCCACAAACUCUAUACCGAAGCUCGAUUCGUCAGAAGUCCCACAGGUUUUGGUGGAACAGAUGGCUUCCUCAUUAACCAAGGAUCCAAAUUUUAGAUCAGCACUCCUUGCAGCCAUUUCAGGAAGAAUGUCGCACAAGAAUUAGAAGAGAAAUGUCUAGUUUAGUUAGCUUAGAAGUGUAUACUGUCAUCAAGAAAAUAUCCAAAACUGGAUUAGUUUUAAUUUCACCAUAGGAUCUGCAUGUAAAUAUAGCAGAGGAAAUUGGGAGAUACACCUCAAAUUUGAUUCUUUUAAUCAGGAUAGUAAGUUGGCAGAGAUUAAACAUGAGCUAAAGGGGCUCAGUUCAGCCAUUUCUGUUUUUCUGCAUCUAUAGAGAAAUCAAACGAGAUGCCCAAUAUAGGUGCUACAAAAAAUUAUCCCAAAAAUGAAGAGAAUUUUCUCUUUUUCAUGAA